UAGAGAGGGAGUCCACGUGUCUCCCCCGUAGAGUGGGACCUGGAGCUCCCACUUCUUUAUUCCAACGCAGAACCGCCCCUCCCCAGAGGCCCCUUCUGUUCCCAACCCGCAGGGUUGCGCAAAUUGAGGGUCCUUCCCCAGCAUCGAUCACUAACCCCCAGCUACUCCAGCACCCAAGGCGGGCCAACUUGGCGGAGAAACUUUGCCCCGGGAGAGGCGCUCGGGGAGGAAAAAAGGGGUACUGCGCAUGCGGAGCUCCAAAUUCAAACAGCUGUUUCCAGAGGUUACGAGGGAGGGCAGUGGGGAGCCCUGGGGCUUGGGGGGCCGUUUGCCCCUGGCACCAUCCACCCCUAGCCUGGCGCAGGCCAGGAGUGACCGGCCCCCUCUGGAGCCAUGGUGGACCGGGGACCUCUGCUGACAUCGGCCAUCAUCUUCUACCUGUCCAUCGGGGCGGCAAUCUUCGAGGUGCUGGAGGAGCCGCACUGGAAGACCGCCAAGGAUAACUACCAUAGGCAGAAGAUCCAGCUGCUUAAAGAGUUCCCGUACCUGGGGCAGGAGGGCCUGGACAAGAUCCUACAGGUAGUAUCUGAUGCUGCUGGGCAGGGCGUGGCUAUCACAGGGAACCAAACCUUCAACAACUGGAAUUGGCCAAAUGCUGUCAUCUUUGCUGCCACAGUCAUCACCACCAUUGGUUAUGGAAAUGUGGCCCCCAAGACUGCAGCUGGGCGCCUCUUCUGCAUUUUCUAUGGCCUCUUUGGGGUUCCUCUCUGCUUGACCUGGAUCAAUGCCCUGGGGAAGUUCUUUGGGGGACGUGCUAAGAGACUGGGGCAGUUCCUCACCAAGAGGGGUGUGAGCCUGAGGAAGGCUCAGAUAACAUGCACGGCCAUCUUCAUCAUUUGGGGGGUACUGGUCCACCUGGUGAUCCCACCCUUUGUGUUCAUGGUGACUGAGGAGUGGAACUACAUUGAAGGCCUCUACUAUUCCUUCAUUACCAUCUCCACUAUCGGCUUUGGAGACUAUGUGGCUGGAGUCAAUCCUGAUGCCAACUACCAUCCCCUCUACCGAUACUUCGUAGAGCUGUGGAUCUACCUAGGGCUAGCCUGGCUGUCCCUGUUUGUGAACUGGAAGGUGAGCAUGUUUGUGGAAGUCCACAAAGCCAUCAAGAAACGUCGGCGGAGGCGGAAGGAGUCCUUUGAAAGCUCUCCGCACUCUAAGAAAGGCCUGCAGAUGACAUCUGGUGGAGGCGUCAAGGACGUCAAUAUUUUUAGCUUCUUGUCCAAGAAGGAAGAGACCUACAAUGACCUCAUCAAGCAGAUUGGGAAGAAGGGUCUGAAGACGAGUGGGGGAGGUGGAGAGAGAGCAGUGGGACCUGAAAGCGGAAGGCCUGCCCUCCCCGCUGCUCCUGUGGGUCCAAUGGCAAUCUAUACCAAAUCCCGUGUGCCCAGCUACGAGGAGGUAUCCCAGACCCUGAGACUGAAAGGCCAUGUUUCGAGGUCUCAGGGUGGGGAUGCUGGGGAGGGACCCCCCAGUGACAACACCAACACCUCAACGGUGUUUGUCAACCAGCUGGACCGGAUCAGCGAGGAGGAGAGUGAAGCUUGGGAUGCCCGGGACUGCCGCCCACUGAUCUUUGAGAAUGCCAACAUCACCUUUGUGAAUGAGGAAGGAGGCCUCUCAGAUGAGGACACUUCUAAAUCCUCUCUGGAUGACAACUUAGCUGGGGAGGAAGGGGAGGAACAGGGAGAGGCGGAGGAGGCUGAGGCAGAGAUGCCGCUGAACCUGGGGGAGUUCCCAUCCUCCGAUGACUCCACUUUUACCAGCACAGAAUCUGAACUCUCUGUGCCUUAUGAACAGUUGAUGAACGAAUAUAAUAAAGUCAACAGUCCCAGAGGCACGUGAGGCCCCCCUCUCUGCCCCUUGCCCUAUCCCACAAAUCCUGCAGCCUCUUCCUUCCCCCCACCUCCCCUUCAGGGGUAUUCUGUGAUGGCUGAGAUUCCUGGACCCUUGAACUGGGAAAGAAAAGAGGACCCUUUGUCCUCUCAUCCCCUCUGGCCAGAUGCCACUAAGCACGCAUACUCCCCUCACUGCCUGCACACUUCAGGACUGACUAUGUUUCUACAUGCUCCCUUGGAGACAUGGCUGAACAGAUGUGAUCCCGAAAUUGGGAGAUAUUCGGUUCCUGAAUGAUGGUUUUUGUUUUCUGUUUUGUUUUGUUUUGUUUUUAUAUUACAUUUGUAAUUUUGAUAGAGUAUAGAUGAUAUGGGGGCAAGACAAGGUGUAUGGAUGGUCAAACCUAUAAAAAAGUGUGAAGUUUUGGGGUAUUGACAGGAUCUCCUGUCCUGGGAGGAUCCAUAUAGAGAAGGCUUGAUUCAGCAGGUAUUGACAUUUUAGUAUGUUGCCCAGCAACAAGACCCAAGUCUGAAAGGCAGUGCACUUGAGACAGUCUGUCCUUGUCCUCAAGAUGACUUAAGGUCUAUUUGGGGAUUCCAAAUGAACACAGGUGAGACAAUUAAUGGGUCACGGUAGUGUAUAAGCAAGUGUGGGGGUGAGGUAUACAAGGAUGCUAGGGAAAUAGACCCUAUGUCUGUUCCAAGCUGCUUCUUCCCAAGCUCCUCUUCACCACCCCACCCCAAUACUCUAAUGCAGGGGUUAACUUUUUUUGUGCAUUGUGGAUCCCUUGGGCAGUCUGGUGAAACCUAUAGACCCCUUCUCAAAUAUAAAUAAAAUAAAAUAAAAUAUGUAGGAUUGCAAUGGCAGCCAAUUACAAUAUUGAAAUAGAUAUCAAAUAUAUAUACAUAUAUAUUUUUUAAAAGUUCUUGGACCCCAGGUUAGAACCCCCUAUUCUAAUGAGAAAAGGGCUGUUAAGGGUUUGGAGAAGAUGAAGGUCAACUGUCUGAUUCAGAACCCAAAUUGAAACACUGCCAGUGGUAACCAGACCCAUCCCAUAGGCCCCACAGCCGCUGUUGCCCAUAUUUAAGAAAGACAGGCCAAACCAAGCCUUCACCAAAGUGGCCCUUUGUGGAGUCACUGACAGUGGGGGUGAGCUAACUAGGUCUAAGUUCACCAUGGUUUACCCUGUUCUGGACUACUUACCCCUUCAGGGAGAAGCAGGUGGAGCAAGAUAGAGAGCAGUACGGAGUAGUGAGUGGGAUGUAGGAUGAAUCUGGAGCCAGCUUUUGCCAUUUAGUUACCUAGGUGACAUUAGGCAAAUUAUUACCCUUCCAGCCUCAUUUUCAUCACCUGUAUAAUGGAUUAAGUUUGGCAUGGUCUAAGAGCUCUUCUAGACCCAUGAUCCUAAGUGUUUUCCUUGUGGCUUUGCCUUUAGGUCCAGGUGUCUUAUCUCCCCUCCCCUGUCCUCUUCACCACCACCACCACCACACACACACACAGGAGGCAGUGAUCAGGAGAGAGGCAGGUCUGCAUCUUGCCCCCUCCAUCUCUGGCACUUAGGCCUUCCUCAUAGGCUUAGUGGUGCAGGGGGAUUAUGUCCCACCCCCAAGGACUUGAGUGUAUGCUUCAGUGGGUGGGAAGGACUGGGACCUGUUUCAGGUAGCCCUUCCUCUUUGGGAAAUCUGCUCUGGACUAGCUUGAGGUUUCUGAUGGAAGAGGAGAACCAUGGGUCAUAUCUUUAGCUCUGUGUACCCCUGAGACCUUCCCUUCCCGUUCCUCUGCUACCCCAGGGAAACAAGCCAAUGAAUAUUUAGUUGUGGGGCCAGGAACCAGAUGGGCUAGAUAGGCCAAAACUCUUGGAGUUUGGGGGUGGGGAUUCCACCUCACCCAUUUCCUUGAAUUAAUAUAAAGUCUGUAGAUGACAAUAUACACUCCAUAUGCCCCCUGGAACUUAACUGUCCUCAACAGAGUGUUACCACACAUCUUCCCAUCUUCUCCCUGAUAGCCCAUCUCCUAAAACUCAUUGAGCCUGUCUUCCUUCAGGCAUUUCCCUAGAGCAAAGACUUUGAUGACCAACCCCCUGCCCCACCCCAUACAUGCCUUACUUGCAUUUGAUGGAGAAGUAGGUCAAUUAAAGAGGAGGGGCCACUGUUCAGGCCUCCCUUCUGCUUCCCACAUCUCCAAAUCAACAGUUGAUAUUGAUCUUGGCUCCAAUUUGGGAAACAGUGAAGAGCAUAUUAAUAGGCCUGGGAGGGGUGUGCCUCCUACAACUUACCUCUGCAAUCCCCAGCUGCUGUUUUUAGGUUUUGUUUUGUUUUUUAAGGAGGUUGGAAACCUGGCCAGAAUAUAAAAUUGUAAAGGAAACUAUUCCCCCUUUUGUUUGGGAUUGGAGGGAGAGGGGAGGGCAGGGCUGGACAUUUAUCUGUGCAAUGUCUCCCUGGGGCAGACCUUUUCUGCUCUCUGUGGAUAGUUUUUAUUUUUAUUUUUUAUUAUUUUUAAAAGAAUUUUUUUUGCAAUAUAUAUAUAUAUAUAUAUGGAUAUGGAUUCUGUGGUUGGCUACUGAUGGCAUCUUAAACCCAAAUCCAAAAGUAAGGGGCAGGUUCUGGUUGCCCUGAGAACCAUCUGACAAGUCCGUGAGUCUUAAGCUAUCUUGGACAAAAAACAGUGGAGGGACCCCUCCCUAAUUCCUCCUUUCCCCAUGGCUCAGGGCCUCAGCCAGUAUCCCAUGUUAGGAGAUCCAGUGGUACAUAACAGCACUUUUGUAGAGUCAUCUCGGCCACCUUGGUUUUAUCUUCCUCCCCCUGGUUCCCUUCCAGGGCCAACUUUUAGUUUUUAACUCCAUUUGAAACUGUGGUUGAUCCAGUUUCCUAGAGGUCACCAGCAGAUGCUAAGACCCAGAGGGGUGUGAUUGAAUACUCUUGAGAGUGUUCCCCUGGCACCAGCUGUGGUGGGAGGCGGUGUCUUGUAGUGGAAAAAUAGACUUGAGAAUCCAGAAGACCACCCUCAACACCUAACUCCCCAAUGAGAUCCUGAGCAAGUCAAGUCGCUUAGACUUGGCCACUCAAGUUGACUGUAAAAGAGGGUUACUAAUAGUAGCACUACCCAUCUCACAGGGUUGUUGUGAGGAAUGUGAUUUUUGUAAACGUGAAAGCGCCAUAGAAAUGUGAACCAUCAUGGGGGGGAUGAAUGGGCUAGAAACUCCCUGUUCUGUGGAGCCUUGAAUGCCACCCCCACACCCACCCUCACCUCCAAGUGUUUGAGGGGGAUGAGAAGGAGUGUCCUCAUCUUUUCAUGUGAUUGAUACUCAUGACAUUUUCUUCAUUCUAUGAUCCUACCUUGCCUAUCACUGACUGUCCUGGAAUCGUACACACUGUAUGUAAAUAUUGGCAGAGUCAAUGUCAAGUGUAAUUUAUUUUAACAUUUUUGCAAUAAAAAAAUGAGGUGGACAGUUAA